UCCUGGAGGAGAUGCCAUGACGUUCACUUUCACAGCCCUGCUCUGUCUGGGUGAGAUGUGCAGAGGGGGAGGGGAUACUGUGGUCUAGGGUUGAUGCUGCUCCAAAGCCUAGGCACUGGCCCAUCAGGAAACCCUAGGGUCUCAGGAGGUUCUGCAGAGGGGAGGACCUGUUCAAGCUUCAGGGCCAAACCUCUUACAGGGAACUGUCUUCCAGGACUGACUCUGGGCCUCAGGAACCUUGUGCUGGCAGGCGCCCUAGCUAAGCCUAUCCUCACAGUUCAGCCAGACUCUGUGGUCUACAAGCAGACUACAGUGACCUUCUUCUGUGAGGGGACCACAGGAGCCAAAGAGUACAUACUCUAUAAAGAGAGAUCCCAGUAUCUACAGAGCACAGAGAUUCCACAGAAGCCUAAGAAGAAGGCAGAAUUCUCAAUCCCAAAAAUAGACCCCAAUCAAGCGGGGCGAUAUCAAUGUCGAUAUCAGACUCAUGAUGGAUGGUCAGAGUUCAGUGACUCCCUGGAGCUGGUGGUGACAGGAGUACACAGCAAACCCAGCCUGUCAGCCCUGCCCAGUCCUGUGGUGUCUGAGGGAGGACAUGUAACCCUCCAGUGUGUCUCAAAACAACGAUACCACAGGUUCAUUCUGACUGGGAAAGGAACACGGAAUAUCUCCCAAAUGCUGGAUUCAAAGUAUAACUACUCUAUUCAGUACUACCAGGCCCUGUACUCUGUCGGCCCUGUGACCUCCAGCCAAAGGUGGACAUUCCAAUGCUACAGCAAUUACGGGAGAAGCCCACUGCUGUGGUCAGAGCCUAGUGACCCCCUGGAGCUCCUGUUCUCAGGGACCCUCCACAAACCCAUCAUCAAGGCUGAGACAGGCUCUGUGGUCACCUCAGGAAGUCCCAUGACCAUCUGUUGUGAAGGGAGCCUGGAUGCAGAAAUAUAUGUUCUGCAUAAAGAAGGAAGCCAAAAACCCUGGGGCACACAGACCCCAGAGAAGCCUGAGAACAAGGCCAAGUUCUCCAUCCCUUCUGUGACAAAGCAACAUGGGGGACAAUAUCGCUGUUACUGUUACAGCUCAGCUGGCUGGUCAGAGCGCAGUGACACCCUGGAACUGGUGGUGACAGGAAUCUACCACAAAAAACCCAGACUGACAGCCCUGCCCAGCCCUGUGGUGACUUUAGGAGAGAACAUGACCCUACAGUGUGUCUCACAGGAGGGAUAUGAUGAACUCGUUCUCACCAAGGAAGAUCAGAAGUUCCUCAGCUCUCUGAACUCACAGUUUAUAUACAGUAUUAUACAGUACCAAGCCUUGUUCUCUAUAGAUCAUGUAACAUCAGACCAUGGAGGGACAUUCAGAUGUUAUGGUUACUACAACCAAACUCCACAUAUGUGGUCAGUACCCAGUGAACCCCUGGAAAUACACAUAACAGUUCUGUCCAAGAAGCCGUCCUUACUGACUCACCAAGGCCAGAUCCUGGACCCUGGGAAGAGCCUCACCCUGCAGUGUUGCUCUGACAUCAACUAUGACAGAUUUGCCCUGUACAAGUUAGGGGGAGCUGACUUCACCCAGAAUGGGGGCCAGUGGACCCAGAGUGGCCUCUCCUUGGCCAACUUCACACUGGGCCCUGUGAGCAGCUCUACUGGAGGCCAAUACAGAUGCUAUGGUGCACACAACCUCUCCUCUGAGUGGUCAGCCUCCAGUGACCCCCUGGACAUCCUGAUCACAGGACAGCGUCCCUUCAGUCCUUCCCUCUCAGUGAAGCCUAACUCCACAGUACACUCUGGAGACAACGUGACUCUGCUGUGUCAGUCACCAUACAAAGUGGACACUUUCAUUCUGUCCAAGGAGGGAGCAGCCCAACAACCCCAGCAACUAAAAUCAAAAUCUGAAGCUUGGGACUUCCAGGCAGAAUUCUCCAUGAGUGCUGUGACCUCUGCCCUCUCGGGCACCUACAGGUGCUAUGGAUCUCAAGACUCAUCUCCCUAUCUCUUGUCAUAUGGCAGUGACCCUGUGGAGCUCAUGGUCUCAGGAUCCAUUAGAGCCUCAAGCCCACCACCCUCAAGACCUAUGCCAACAGCUGCCUCAGAGAACCAGGAUCACACAGUGGAGAAUCUCAUCAGGAUGGGGAUGGCUGUCAUGAUCCUCAUAGUCAUUGGGAUUCUGGUCUUUGAGGGUUGGGGCAGCCAGAGACAGAUCCACCAUGCAGCUGAGAAGUAAUCAGAUGAGAAAGAAGUAAAUCUGUCAAGGUUCCGGAUUCUGAGAAUUAAAUCUGAUGAUUCAAGCUUUCUGUAAGAAAAUCCAUUUCUUAUGUCAGAGAAUUGUACAGGAUCCAAAUGUGAUUUGGAUGAAGAGGAAGAUGUGAGUGUUGUGGUGAGAUCAUUCCUCAGUCAAUUCAUGUCCCUCCGCCUGCUGUGGGCAUUUGCUGACUGAACCAACACUUCUGAAUCUAUAAAGUGAGGGUUUAUGCUGUCCCUUCAGACUGGCUUGUGUCCUCAUUUCUGUACAUUUUUUUUCUUUCCCUCCCUCUCAUGUGUCAUUUUCCAUUUUUAUACAUUGCCACAUUCUCCAUGACAGGAGGCACUGUCUAUUUGACAAAAACAAGGAAGGUGCCUCAAUACCAAAAUGAUGAGUAAAAUCAGAGCCAAGAAUUCAACUUAUUCUGUCUAUGAUGCCCCCAAAAACCAUCUCUGUGAUCCCCCAUCCUUUCAGUCUUCAAAACCUACUCUUCAUGGAGUUUCUUUUUAAAUAUAAAACAAAUAAUACCACACUGGUAGAAUAAGGAUUAUCAAGGUAGUGUAGACACAACAGAAAAAAGGUGUUUUCCUAACACAAUUUCUUGAUUUGUGGCAUUUGCUGACCACUCUAUAUAACCCCAUCAAAGACACCUUCACAACAGCAAUGUAACAUCACAGAUGUGAUGUUGAGAAAUUUGCAUGAAAUUUAUGUGUUUGUCAUAACAUUCCCCACUGCCUAUUUUUAUAUAUGCAAAAGAAAUUAGCAUGCUGAUGAACCAUCUCAGAAACUCCUUGCUAGGAUGAAUUAUCAUAAAAUGAUUCAUAAGUUCUACAUAGAAAAUUGUGUGUUAUCAUUCAAACAAUGAUAGAGGUGUUUAUUUUUCUCUCUCUUCUUUUUACCUCAAGUCUCAAGUACAAUGCUGGAAAUGUAUGAAGAGAGAAGAUUCUCUUACCUUCUUCAGGAUUUAAUGCAAAAUAUCUGCUUUCUCGCCAUUCAGUAUGAUGAUAACUUUGGUGUUUUGGCACAGAAAAUAAUUCUGACUCUGGAAGUUCUUUGUUCCUAAUUUUUUCUAAGUGUACAUGAUGAAUGGCUGUGGGAUAUUGACAAAUGCUAACUCUUCUUCAAAAGCUGUCCCCAUUAUGUAUGUUUUUAAUUGUAACCUUGUUACUAUCAUCAAUAUCAUAUGGUUUUGAACAUUGAAUGGGA